AUGUCUAUCGUAUCCUCUCUUGUUCUUGUUCUUCUAUGUUUUUCUUUCCAUGGAUGCUAUGCAAGAAGUUUUGGUGUGAUGAACGAGGAGCCUACUAAAAGAUUUCUCUUCUCUACAAAGAACGACGAAAAGUUCAACUUCAAUCCCACUAGGGUUUCCGUUGGAUCCGACACGAAAUCUUCCUCAACCACACCAAUAGAUGAAAAGGCAUUGAAGGAAAAGAAAGUCGACGAACACAAUUUCAAGACAAGUACUAAGAAGAGAGUAAUAGUACCAGGUGACACUGAAACUGAUCAGUCUGCGUCUUGGAGGAUGCCUCACAAGAAAAGUGGACAAAAGGAUCCUGGAUUUAACUUGGAUUAUUUACCACCAAAAACUCAUCCUCCAGUCCACAAUUGA